UCUAUCAAAAUAGAUUCGCGGGGUGCUCGCAGUGGUGUUUUUGCUUUUGCACCCUCCCCUUCCCCCUCACCCUCACCCUUAUCCACGAUCUUUCCCCGGCCCAUCUCGCCACGCAGCCACACGUCCCAACCCAUCACCAUCAGAGAACUCCCUGAUAGCUCGACUCUCUUCUGUGGCCCAGCACUGAGUCCGCCUCCGCCCAAACGCUUCCGCCUCCUCUCCUUCUCGCACGUCAGAGCCAAAAGCACACCUUCGUCUUCCUGGCCACCCGAAGACCCUCCAAGGCGGCAACCCCCCCACUUCCACUCCCGCUCCCACACAAGAGCCCACUCCCUCCCAGUGAAAGGACUUCCAGAGGCCGGACCCGAUCAUCAUGGAACGCAACAUUGUCAUCGCCCUGAUCGUGAUCAUCCUCUUCGUGGUGCUGGCGCUGGUGGGCUAUGCGAUCUACGCGGUGCAGAACCGCGUGAGCCUAUUCGCCAAGAGGGAGAAAGAGCUCGACGAAGAGGAGGAGUAGGAGGAAAGCGCACUGUAAGAUUCAAGCUUGACGACGAUGACCCCGACGCGAUUAUGGCUAUGGCUGUGCCGGCAGACCCCAAACGCACCGUUUCUGGGACCAUCCGGCUCGAGGACGAGCGACACUCGUGGUUUUGA